AUGGCCACCAUGCUUAAAAACCUUACUUCUGGUCAGGGAAUGCAACAAGCUGCUAAUACACCUGUCCCAACAGUCCUCUCUGUGCAAUGUGUGUGUUGUGGUGGAGAACACUUGUAUGAACAUUGUCCUCAUAAUUUUGAAUCCAUAAACUUUGUUCAUAAUAGAUCUGGUCCCUAUACCAAGAAUUACAAUGCAAGUUGGAAACAACACCCGAAUUUUUCUUGGAACAGUCCAUGUUUAAAUCCACUCGCACCUAAGCAGCAAGGAACCUCUAAUUUUCAACCCCAACAACAUGCGAGUAGUUCCCAAAAUCAUCACCAAAAUUUUCAAACUGGUCAACCACCUUUUCAAAACAAGCCACCUCCACAGGCUGAUAUAUCAUCUUCUUUGGAAGCAAUGAUAAAAGGGUUAUUUACGCAUGCUCAAGCUCAAAAUCAAGCUUUGAUAACCGAACAAAACUCUCAAAAUCAAUCUCUUUUUAAUCAGCAAAGUGCUGCUAUCAGAAAUCUGGAAACCCAAGUCAGUCAACUUGCACUCAAUCAGACCAAUAGAGUCCUUGGUACUUUGCCUAGUAACACAGAAGUCCUGAGAGCCUUAGGAAAAGAACAUGUGAAAGCAGUGACCCUUAGGAGUGGGAAGGAGUUGACUGAAAAAGUGCAAAAAGCUAGUGCACCAAGUUUGUCAAAAACUGAUGCUACAACAUUGGUCUCUACAAAAGAAAGACCGGUCCAACCUUUAGAGAAGCAAGCAUCUGAGGUCUCUACUUUUGUUCCUCCUAGGUUAGACUAUCCUUUGUUAUUCCCAGAAGUUGCUAGGAAAAAGCCAAUUGAAGAUGAGGUUAUAGCAGGUCCAAAGGCCAAGGUUGUAACCCCAUCUGAACCUCAAGAAGGUAAGAACAAGACUCUAGGCACUCUGGACUCAUCUUGCUCAACACAUUCAAAUAAAGUUUCCACGAAACCAGUUCCUCCAUAUGUCCCAUUUCCCCAAAGGUUAAGGAAUCAGAAGGAAGAACUACAAUUUAAGAAAUUUUUGGAUGUGUUCAAAGCAUUGCAUAUCAACAUACCCCUUGUUGAAGCAAUUGAGCAAAUGCCCAGUUAUGUUAAGUUUCUCAAAGACAUCUUAAGUAUGAAGAAGAAGCUGUCCGAGUAUGAAACUGUAGCUCUUACUGAAGGAUGUAGUGCACUUCUGACCAACAAGAUACCUCCUAAGCUUAAAAACCCGGGAAGUUUCACUAUUCCUUGUUCUAUAGGUGGGAAGGAAAUUGGGAAAGCUUUGUGUGACUUAGGCACAAGUAUCAACCUUAUGCCCUUAUCUGUUUUCAACACCUUAGGCAUAAGAGAGGCUAGAUCUACCACUGUUACACUUCAAUUGGCCAACAAAUCCAUUGCGUACCCUAAGGGAAAGAUUGAGGAUGUUUUAGUGCAAGUUGACAAGUUCAUAUUUCCGGCAGAUUUUAUCAUCUUAGACUUUGAGGCUGAUAAGGACAUUCCUAUCAUUUUAGGAAGACCAUUUCUAGCCACCGGAAGAACUCUGAUAGAUGUCCAGAAAGGAGAGCUGACUAUGAGACUUUAG